UUUCUCUUGUUUCUUUUGUUUUAUUUUUAAUUUUACGUCUGCCUUAUAAUAACACAAGAAAUGUCUUUUCCUUUCCUCUUUCCUCUCUCUUUGAGUAAUCUAAUUUCAUAAAAAUCCCAUAAAGUUUUCCCUACCACCCUCUCCCCUCCUCCGCCAUGACUCAUCAUCACCGGCGAGAGUCCUUCUCGGUAACCACCUCUAACAUGGGAGGUUCCGUGGUGCUUUGUCCUAAUACCGACCUUCUUUGGCCAUUUGGGAAGCUUGAAGGGCUUGAUCGAGAUGAUAUUCGUGAGACGGCUUAUGAGAUCUUCUUCACGGCUUGCCGUUCCUCACCGGGGUUUGGAGGUAGGACUGCUCUCACGUUUUACUCUAACCACAAUAGCAACGACAAUCAUGGAGAUGGAGGAGGAGGAAUAGGAUCCGGUGGCUCAUCUGGUGCUGGCUCUGGGUUUGGGUUUGGGUCUUCAGGGAGGAAAGAGGUGGUCACGACCCCGACAAGCCGGGUGAAACGGGCUUUAGGCUUGAAGAUGCUUAAACGUUCUCCGUCUAGGCGAAUGUCCACCAUAGGUGCCGCUGGUGGAGCUGGAACUUCUCUAUCCCCCGGUGGCGGAAUGAACAGUAGUUCGGGACAUAUUAGUCCUGGAGCCGGGUUCUUGACGGUCCCGCCUUCUCGACCUAGAAGACCCUUGACCUCGGCGGAGAUCAUGAGGCAGCAAAUGAAGGUGACAGAACAAAGUGACAGUCGGCUUCGAAAAACCCUGUUGAGAACGCUUGUUGGCCAAGUAAUCAUUGAAGCUGGUCUUCUUCUUCAUCCAUCAAUUCCUCUGGACAAAACCAACAACUUUGCAAUGCGUCUAAGAGAAAUUGUCAGACAAAGCGAGACAAAAACCAUUGACACAAGCAAAGCCUCAGACACAAUGAGAACACUCACCAACGUCGUCGUGUCUUUAUCUUGGCGUGGCACUAAUGGGAAUCCAACUGAUGUUUGUCACUGGGCUGACGGUUACCCUCUCAACAUUCAUCUUUAUGUUGCUCUGUUGCAGUCAAUAUUUGAUCUCAGAGACGAGACAUUAGUGCUCGAUGAGAUCGAUGAGCUUCUUGAGCUAAUGAAGAAGACUUGGUCAACACUAGGGAUCACACGACCGAUACACAAUCUGUGUUUCACUUGGGUUUUGUUUCAUCAGUACGUCGUAACAUCACAAAUGGAACCGGACUUGCUUGGCGCUUCUCAUGCUAUGUUGGCUGAAGUUGCCAAUGACGCUAAGAAGCCUGAUCGCGAAGCCCUCUAUGUGAAACUAUUAAACUCGACACUGGCCUCUAUGCAAGGAUGGACCGAGAAAAGGUUAUUGAGCUACCAUGAUUAUUUCCAAAGAGGUAACGUGGGAUUGAUAGAAAAUCUUCUGCCAUUGGCAUUAUCAUCGUCGAGGAUCUUGGGAGAAGAUGUGACGAUUUCUCAAGGGAAAGGACAAGAGAAAGGUGAUGUGAAAUUAGUGGAUCAUUCAGGAGAUCGCGUCGAUUAUUACAUAAGAUCUUCCAUUAAAAACGCAUUUUCUAAGGUGAUAGAAAACACGCAAGCUAAGAUCGCAGCAACAGAUGAAGGAGAAGAAGCGGCUGGAACAUUGUUGCAGCUAGCUAAGGAAACAGAGGAGCUAGCGUUAAGGGAACGCGAAUGUUUCAGCCCCAUACUCAAGAGAUGGCACUCAAUUGCUGCUGGUGUUGCCUCAGUGUCACUUCACCAGUGUUAUGGCUCAAUCUUGAUGCAAUAUUUAGCUGGAAGAUCAUUUAUCUCGAGAGAUACAGUUGAGGUUUUGCAAACGGCAGGGAAGCUCGAGAAGGUCUUGGUGCAGAUGGUGGCUGAAGAUACUGAAGAAUGCGAUGACGGUGGAAAAGGACUUGUACGAGAGAUGGUUCCCUAUGAAGUUGAUUCAAUUAUACUGCGCCUUUUGAGACAAUGGAUAGAAGAAAAGCUCAAGAAAGUUCAAGAGUGUUUAUUUAGAGCAAAGGAAACUGAAACGUGGAACCCGAAAUCCAAAUCAGAACCUUACGCACAAUCCGCGGGAGAGCUGAUGAAGCUAGCGAAGGAUACCAUCGAUGAGUUCUUUGAAAUCCCUAUUGGGAUUACAGAAGAUCUAGUUCAUGAUAUCGCAGAAGGAUUGGAACAACUCUUUCAAGAAUACACCACAUUUGUUGCAUCUUGUGGAUCAAGACAGAGUUACAUUCCUACAUUACCUCCUCUCACAAGAUGUAACCGAGAUUCAAGAUUUGUUAAACUAUGGAAGAGAGCUACACCGUGUACUACCCCCAACGAAGAUUUCAGCCACACGGCAUCUGUGAUUUCGGACGGCCACCAUCCACGCCCGUCCACAAGCCGUGGGACACAACGUCUAUACAUUCGUCUCAACACGUUACAUUUCCUAAGCUCUCAUAUCCACUCCUUAAACAAAACACUCUCUUUAAACCCGAGGGUACUUCCCGCAACUAGAAAACGCUACCGCCAUCGAAACAACAACUCAUCUUCCUACUUCGACUUCACAUACGCUGGAAUCGAAUCAGCUUGCCAACACGUUUCAGAAGUCGCGGCUUACCGUUUGAUAUUCCUCGACUCGAACUCUGUUUUCUACGAGAGUCUUUACGUAGGAGAAGUCGCGAACGCGAGGAUCAGACCGGCGUUACGGAUUAUGAAACAGAACUUAACACUGAUGUCAGCGAUUCUCGCGGAUCGAGCUCAAUCACUAGCGAUGAGGGAGGUUAUGAAAUCAUCAUUCGAAGCGUUCUUGAUGGUCCUUCUCGCCGGUGGAUACUCCCGAGUGUUCUAUAGAUCGGAUCACAGUCUCAUCGAAGAAGACUUCGAGAACUUGAAAAGGGUGUUUUGCACUUGUGGCGAAGGGUUGAUACCUGAAGAAGUGGUGGACAGAGAGGCAGAGACAGUGGAAGGAGUGAUUCAGCUAAUGAGUCAACCAACAGAACAACUUAUGGAAGAUUUUAGCAUCGUAACUUGCGAGACAAGUGGGAUGGGGAUGGUUGGAUCUGGACAGAAGCUACCUAUGCCUCCAACUACUGGAAGAUGGAACAGGUCUGAUCCUAACACGAUCUUGAGGGUUCUUUGUCAUAGAAACGAUCGUGUCGCUAAUCAGUUCUUGAAAAAAUCGUUUCAAUUGGCUAAACGGAGGUGAAUUGGAAACAAAUGAAGAUAAAAAAACAAGAAAAACGCUUGUGUGGGUGAGAGACGUGAACUUGAUUCGUUGUGUAAAUGGCUUAAAAGUGUAAUUUUCAAGUUUUGGAGCUGAUUUGUAAUUUUAAAUAUUUCUGUGUUGGUUGUUUACGAGGAAAUUAUUUGUUGAUUCUUUUAUUA